AUGCGGAUGUGUGUGAGUGUGUGUCAGCCAAAUGCUCUCUCUCUCAUGUGCUUGGACGUCAUCUGUGUCCCUCCCUCUCCGUUAUCCCCUCACUCCUCCUCCUCCUCCCUCUGUCUGCUCCUCUCUCUCACUCAGUCAGCUCUCGUGCCGGCCCGACCUCCGCCUCUGCCAGGCCAGACGUCCACACAGACCCCGUGGACUCUCCUCGGACACUCAACAGAAGGGGGGAAAUUCUCCGGGACACGACGAGAGGGAGGGGGAGGAAAAAAAGCGGAGCACUGGUGUCGAGAAAAGCUGCUGGUCGCAUUGCAGCAUCUCACAUACUCUCCCAUUAUCUGUGGCCACCUUUUUUUGUUUUUACCCCCCAUGAAGGCUGUCCUAGCGGAGAGACAAACUUUGUUAUCCAUGGAAACAUGUAAAAAUCCGCCCGGACACUAAACUUGGACACUUACUGCGCCCCUCUGAGUACACUCAACAGAACCGUUAGGUUUUCUUCUGUGCUAGCUCGCUAGGUGGGACCGGGACGUCUUUGUGGAGAACAUUUUCUUCUGAAUCUGCGGGCCGUGUUUUAGGCGACACUACGGGGGGAAAAAACACCAAAGUAAGUCCUGUUUUCACUAUUUUCACUUUCAUCCCCCCUCAAGCAAGUCGACGUUAUUCGUUUAUGUGCGCGUGAGGAGGGGCGCACGCUCCGCAUCCUUCGCCUGGACGUCAUUACGCAUUCAUAAAGGAAUCAGUUAAUUAAAAAAGAGGGGGGAAAAUGGGGGGCCUGACGGUGUAUAUAACCUCUAAAAUUGUGAGGCUGUGUUUAUAAUGUGUGUCCACUUUAAACCCCGUUAUUAUUUGUCGUCUGAAAUGAGUACACGAGGGCUGCCUGGCGCGUGGCCCAAUUGCGGGUCGGUUUCAGAAGUUUGCUAACUAGCAGCGAAUUUUGCCACAUUAUCACUAUUACUCCCCAACUACAGGCCACUGGAAACCCCCUCUAUAAGUACAGAGAGGAAUAUGAGUAAUAUCACUCGUCUGCUCGUUUAUAUCGCGUUUAUUUCAACUCAAACGUUAUUUAUUCUGUUUGGGACAUCUUCUAGCUCCAUUGAGGUCUUCACUUAGCCUUCUGCCUUUCCGUUUUGGGGGUAGCUACACUGAAGCUAGCAUUCACACACACCACACAGACACCCUAGUUUAGCACUAGAAACCCACAUUUUGGCACAAAGUAGGCGGUAAACUCGUCCUGGGAAAUAGUUUUUCAUGUUUUGUCUUUAAAUGGGUUUUAUUUACAUGAUGAUAACACAAUCUUUCUCAGUGUGAACCUAUGACAUGAUAAUGGAGAAGCACAGGCAUUGACUGACUUAGUAUUGAGCAUCAUAUUAGUCAUUGGGCAAAGUCACAUUGAAGCCUUAGAGUAGUACCGAAUCAAUUACGCAUCUGUGAGAUGUAAAUCAAUCAGUUCAUCAGUCUUUAUUUAUAUAGUACUCUUCAUACACAGAAAAAGGUAUAAAAGAAACAAAAGAAUAUCCAAAUCUACCCCAGUUCAGGACUAAAAGAAUACCUAAAUCUACCCUAAUCCAGGAAUGAAAGAAUACCCAAAUCUACCCCAAUCCAGGACUAGAAGAAUACCCAAAUCUACCCCAAUCCGGUAAUAAAAGAAUACCCAAAUCUACCCUAACCCAACCCCUCAUUCCCUCCCCAUGAUCUAAAUGCAACAGAAACAGUAUUAAAAUGCAUAAACUUAAACAUAAGCUACAUUAUAUAUAUGUGUGUGUUGGGGGUGCAGGGUUUGUAUGAAAAAGAGAGCAGUGGUAAAUGUGACUGUGACUCUCUCAUUUAGGUCAAACAUUAUGUGAGUUCAUGGGUGAAGUCUAAGAGGACUUGUCUAGAAGUAAAGCCACUCACUUUACAUGUGCUAGUUUAUGGUUUACCUGAAAAAAGCAGCAUCAGCGUCCUUUGGUGAAUGGACACACCUCCUACUUUUCCAGCUCUUAAACCUCUAAUGUUGAUCCUAACUUUGCACAGCAGGAUGUCAGUGAUGCUAAAGUUUGAGGAUCAUUGCCCUUUAGAGAAAGAAUAGCCCCACGUGUGUCCAGAGGUUGGUCUAAUUGCCCAGGCUAAGGUAACAGUACUUACUCAAAGGACAGCCAUGUAAAUCAUCCAGCAUCCAGUCUGAAGAGAAUCAGCAUGACAAUAUUACCCCCACACCUCCUGAAAGGGCCUAUUCAAAUCAGUGUGUGGACCGACUGAAUCCCCUCAUCAAUAAUUCAUCAAGGCUGCAGAUCAGUGUCAAAGGUAUUGAAGUUGAUGUCCUUGUGAUCUCUAUCUGAAACAUGGAUAACACUGAUGAGACAGAUCACCACAGACUGACUGUCUACCUUUGGGGUGAAUUUAAAUGUUCUCUUUCUUCAAGCAUAUCAUUUCCUGGACUCUGUCUGCCUGACCACUGUAUCUUGUACAUCUAUAAAAUUACAACUUUUUUUCAGUCAAACUUAACUCCUCAGGAAUUUCAAAAAUGUAAGGGAUGAGUCUGAGUCACUCUCAGAACCCUCUGGCUAAAAAUGCCCGAUGCAUGACAUGAGUUACAGCUAAUGAACCAUUUGAAGGGAACAUGUGGGUUUUCUAAACUAACUGCAACUUCAUCCCACAGUGCCUCAGCAUUUUCCUCAAGUUUUUACUUUGGUCUACAAACAUGAGGGAUGACUGUACAGACUGUCUCUACUUAAACUGAAAUCAAUCAUUUAACUCAUGUUUGGUAGAGACACAACUUUGCACGAGUGCAUUAAAAUUACACAUCACUAUGGUCACAUUCAAAAGUUGUUCAAAUCGCAUAGAAAUCUCUCAAUUUCAUCAGCCUUAUGAUCAUAUUUUUGAUCCAAAUAUGUUAGAAACAAGUGAAAUGUUCACUUUGAAAAGUCUCACACAAGCAACAUAGACCUAUUCAAACAGUUUGACAUAUCAGACCAGCAGUCAGAACUUAUAAGUAGCUGUACAAACUGUCCUCUCUGUAAGGAUUGAAAAAUCACCCAAAUGGUUUUAUCUUUAGUGAAUACAUACUAAACUAAUGUCUGUUUGCGAGGUUAUCAGCUGUGGUAGAAAAAAGCUAACUAAUUUCAUGAUCUAAAUGGCUGGGGGCGACUUUUACAAGAUCCGAAUUAAUUAACAAAACAAACAGAUUUAUCAGUGAAACGAGCGCGUUAUUGCAGGUUUACAGCCUGUUUUAUUGUAGCUACUCUCAGGGAAAUCUCAUCAACGUAUCAGUAAUUGACUGCAUUAUUACAGUACUGUCUGCAACCAUGGGCCAAAUACUGUGUGUAGUAAAUCAAUAUGUCGGACUUACAACUGGCUCUUAUUUCAGAACUCAGGAUACUGGAGCUAAAAAUGUUACCUCGCCUACUGACAGCCAGUACACGUAACACUGUGCUGUGUAUGAAACCUAAUAUGAGCCAUUGUAACGCUCAGUACCGUGAAAUAAUCAAGGGACAUUUUUGAUCGAGUCAGUCUGACAUAUUUGUACUCUUGUCUCUUGGCCUUGUGUCAGAUCUAGAGUAGUAGAUGUACUCUUUAUCUCUGACUUAUCAGCCCUUCAGUUUGUUUUUAAAAGUUGUGCUUUGAAUAAUUCAGCUAUCAGGGAACAGUCUAAGUAAAGGCAGAUCUGAGUUAACGGGUAGCUAUUUACAUAGACGGUAAGUUGUCAGUGACUCACAGUCAGCAUUUUUCUUCUGUCUUGUGACACAUGUUCCUCUAGUCAACUCAUGUCCUAUCAGUCAGAUAGACAAAGUAUAACUGGUGGUAAAACUUCAUUGGGUGUUAAUCAUGCAUGGAGUGUGAGUGAAAAACACUCCCUCUGUAUGAUGGUAGUGUGUUUACAUUCUUCAGAUAUUCCUGGACUCUGUACCAGGUUCCAGUCUGGUUGGUUAAGGUUUUUCCUCUGAGGCUGGUUCCCCUCAUUUUAUCCUUUCUCAACAAACUCCAUCAUGCGAUUGUAAACUUGGCAUAUAGACAUAGCAGGAACAUCUACAGCUGUAUUUGAUGAGCCGAGAGCUGGAUCUCUGUUUACAAUCACCACAUCCCUCUAAUGUAUAUUCAUAGUAAAGCAGACAAUCAGAGAACUUCCUUUCUCCCUCCCCUAACAGAGGCAUCCUUUACUUUUAUUGGACCUUUGAAAUGGUCAGAGUCUGGUCAUGUGAUUCAGCGGGCCAAUGAGACGUGGUGUUGGGAAAGCUGUGAGGGGAAAAUAGCUUUAACUUGCUGAUUUCACUGUGAGAUCUUAACCAGUCAGCCUAAAUUUAUCCUGAAUUCUCCAACACAGCAGGAAGGACAGAUAUAGUCGGUUUUCAGUAUUCAGAUCGUUGUGUGUGGGGGGGUUUAUGCAUGUGUUAAAAGCAUGUUGAUCCAAACUACAGCUGAUGCAUUUAUUAGUGACCAAAUGCAGGUUGUUAUUAUUAGAAAUCAUUUAUGUGUGCCACCUCUCUCAGCACUUCUGCUCAUUGUACCAUCUUUAUUUUCCCGCAGAGGCUCAUUCAUUUGUUAUCUGUUUUUUUGUGUGAUUACUCUGCUCUUUAUGGAGCCACAAACAUGCUGUUCAGCAACAUUUGUCAGGACACUCUGGAGGAGAAGUGAGGUCUGGUGCUACUGAAGUUGAAGGGUUGGCAAAAUGACGGGCAAAAAUGUGUCAGCCCUUCCCAUCUACCACUACCUGUGCAGAGAGAGAGAGAAGGAAAGGGAGAGCGCAGAGAGAGGCCAGCAGUGCUUUUGCAACAGGAAACAGGGGGCCAUGACUAAGAUGACAUGAUGUGGAAAACAAGCGACUCACUGGACCAUGACACGUCUCAUGGACAGAGUCAGAGGGUGCAACUAGCAAGCCAUGUGCUUCACCUACAGGACAGACCCCAAGCUCCUGAGAGGAGUUUAGAGCUUGUUAUGAAACAAGCUGAAAGUAAAACUGAUGCCUCUAUGUGACCUACAAAAGCAUAAAAGACCAUCAGGCACAAGACUAAUUAUUUAUAUGGUAUUGUACUUGUCUGUGUCAACCCUGCUGCUGGGGAGGCCUCACACUGGGCGAUUAACGCGACCAAAGCAGCCUGUUUUUGAUUGUCAUUGUGGGUUGCAUCAUAUCAGAUACUUAAAAUGAAACAGGAUGAGACUUUUUGUCAGAUAACACAAUUUACAGAGGUACUGGAAAAGAUCAAAAAACAGAUAAGAUUUACUUUUCCUGAAAGUGAUGUAAGGUAAUAGUUUGUCAUAAAAGCUAUAAUAAAGGAUGGUCUGUGUGUUAAAAACAGAUGUGAUCAAAUUUUGUGUUAUUCGAGGAUACAGACUGAAAUUUCAACGUGUGGUGCGGAUUCAUCCAUAAAACUUUCAAACAAAAAGGGGAACAUUGCUGAAUCUGCGGUGCCUGUUUGUAUGCCAGAAAACACCGAUUUUAAUAACAUUUCCGCCAGUUUUAGCAAGUUUCACUCUCCUCAUGUUCCUGUGAAACUAAAGACAUGACUUCUUAUCAUGUCAGUCAAUGAAAGUGUUUUAUAAGCCAUUAUCUGUGCCAGUCUUUUUGUUAAUUUUCUUCAUAUUUUUUGUCAGUUUUAUAUUUGCUGAUCAAUAUUUUAUAAAAAUGUUGAUGACACUUGACUCCCAAUCAACACUCACAGCGCACCAGCUUUCUUCCAUUUAUAAGAUGUCCCUUUGUCAAAGCUACAUAUCAUUGUAGCAUUUUAAUGACAAUAUGUACAGUUGGGGGGUUGGUGAUAGUAGCAGCAACUUAAACAAACUUGGUCUUGGAUAACAAGGUGCAAAGGUUUGCAAAUGAACUUGAUUGCAAAUUAGAUUUGUGAUAGUUGGUCCUUUUAAGACGUAACGAUUGUAAGAAACUUGAAUAUACAUCUUCCUCUUUCUUUGGGACACCCGUUUUUAAACAAGGAAAUUAAAAAGUAAGGCUAUUAGAUGGGGUGCCCUAUAUGCCGAGUAUACAGUUCACAAAGCAGGCAGCUGGGGCUCACUUUCAAACUGCAGCCCAUUCUCCACUCUCUCCUCCCAGUUUCUUUCUCCAUCCAGUGUCUUAUCUAUAAAAAGGCCAAAGAGCCCAAAAUAAACUUUCAGAAAACUCAUCUUCAUUGUCAGUUUGUGAAUCGUCUGCAUGAAGCACAUCAACUUCCAGUUUCAGCUGUUAUUUUAAAGAUAGCGAAGGGAGGGGGAGCAUUACACACAGCUUUGGUGCUCUGGGCCAAAGGGGGAAUCCGUCUUGAUUCCUGGCAGGGAUCAGCAGGGCGGGGAUGGGAGUGGAAGUUAAGCAGUUACAGGGCUCAGACAUUUACAGCUGCGCUGAGCGGGAGGGGAGUUAGUGUAGAUCUCCAAGGGGACUCUAGAGAUGGAGUAUGUGGGGGCGCCCCCGCUGCUCCACACAUAUGGACCAAUCAUGACUCAUGGUCCUCUGAUGAUACUUCUCCCUCACCACCACCCUUUUACUCUCUCUUUUAGCCACUCCCUCACUCCAGCAGAAGAAAUAUUCAUCUCUGUACUCUCUGAAUUAAACUCUUGCAGCUGUUGUCCGUUCAGGGGAGCACUGGUGGUGUGGAAAGGUUAAAAAUUCAGUUGUUGGUCUGAUUCCUCCUCCCUCACUCGGGCCUCUUGAGCUCCCUGCAUGCAGUGUGUGCUCUGUUUAAGGCAUUAGGAAAACCUUUACUGAGGUUUCCAGUAAGAGGGAGACAUCUCUUCCUCUCUUAAUUACACAGUACCAAACAUUCCUAAUUACAGAUGUCCUCCUGUACAUACAGCAGCCAGGCCCAUAUGGCUGCAGACUGUAAAGCUCCUAUGAAUGUUAAAAUUGCUCCCAUUCAACCUUGUGGGUUUUCUUCAGGGUGUGGAUUCUGCUUUUAGGACAAGUGUAUGUUUAGUCAAAUAAGCUGCUAUUAACAAUCAAAUAAGGAAAUAGAGAUGUUGCUGACUCCAUGUGUGUCCCGUGUUGCAGGAUGCUGUCGGGGCUGAGCGAGUGGUUCUGGCAAGAGCGGCUGUGGUUUCCAAAGGGCCUGGGCUGGGCUGACCUGGAGGAUCGGGAUGGACGGGUAUAUGCAAAAGCCCGUGACUUGUGGGUGGCGCUUCCCAUCGCACUAGCAUUCCUCAUUAUCCGUCAGAUCUUUGAAAGGUCUGUCUAAGUUUUCUUCUAAUCCUUUUACUGUAUGUCUCUACAUUUUCUCUUUGUGUUUGCUCAUUAUUAAACAUUUGCAUUUUUCAUCCCCUCUGUCCAGCUUUGCUCUUAUAUUUUCCUCAUUUGAUUGACUCUUCUGUUAUUUUUUCCCUUCAGGGACAUUAGGGUACUCUCUCUUGAUUUCUCCCAAACAGUUAUUCAAUAAUUCAUGUGCUGUGGCCACAUCUUUUAUAAUGAAAGCGCCAUCCUUUCAAGCGACUUAUAUUAUCGUUCCAUCAAGUACAAUGUUCUGCUAUCCAGUGGUUAAGCUUUUGGAAAUCAGACAACCGUUACAGAGUCCACCUGUGCUGUCUGGCAAAUGCCAAGAAGCUCCCGUGCUCAUUAGUGGUUUUCAUUCCUACCUCCCAUCCAGCCACAGAGUGGAAACAUUUUAAAACAGACUCGAGAAACAGUAGCAAGACAUUUCGACUCGACACUGAGUGAUACUCAGUGAUAUACUUUAUAGAUGUUUCAAGAAGGGAGUGCAUGAGAAGUUGUUCUUGAUUAAAAAAGCUGAACCAUGUGUUUUUGCCCCCUUCAUUUAUUAAAUUCAACAAUAUUUUUAUUAGUUUUAUACAGAUACACACCGGAGACACAUUACAAACACCCCCUUUCCCUCAAAACCCCGUCUACAGCUGGAUAUUUCUAUUAUUUUGUUUAAAUAACAAAUUGUGGAGCUAUAACAAAAAAUAGAAAAAUAAAUAAAUAAAUAAGUACAUAAAUAUAAAAUUAAAUUAAAGUGCUGGAAUUUGGCUUUUAUAGAUCUUGAAAUACAUGUUGAGAAAUAAAAAGUAAAAAGAGAAAAAGUUAAAUGAACUACUGUGCAUUAAGAGAAAUACAAAUGUAGACAAGUCGCUGAAAACUGAAAAAGUACAUAAAAGAGGUAUUUAUUUAUUUAUUAAUACUAGAAUAAACUUUAUUCAUACUUCUUAAACUGUAUCAUUGUCUUUACAUUUAAUCGCCUUUUAAUGUCAACAACCUGUCUGUAUGAUUGCAGGACGGUGGCCACACCCCUAGCUUCUCUGCUCGGGGUCAAAGAGACAGUACGGCUCAAAGCUCCCCACAAUCCCACACUGGAGUCCUACUACUGCAACAUUACCAAACACCCUUCACAGGUACAUGUCUAUAUGCAGACAGUGCAUCGCUUUAAAUUACAGACUUGUUGUCAGGAAGUACAGUUCUUGAGUUUCGCCUCUUUGUGCUGAUUUCAGACUUCGAUAGCAAGUCUCUGCAAACAGACGGGCUCCUCAGAAAGACAAGUGCAGCGAUGGUUCAGGAGACGAAGGAACCAGGACAGACCGAGUUUGCUCAAAAAGUUUCGAGAGGCCAGGUAAAAUCACACUGAGAAGCACUUUCACACAAACUCAUAGACAUCCUGUAUAUACAUAGACUUAUCUAGAGCUAUGGGGCAGGUUGAAACAGCUGAACACCCUUGCGUUCCUCGGGCUAUAUGAGCACAUUUCUGAGGGCAAAAGCAGCCCUCUAUUUUUAACAUGCACUCAUUACAAUGCCACUCUGCUGCUACCAUGCCUACAGCCCCUAGUCCUCUCUCACGCACACAAAUCCAACCAUUCACAUACUUAUUAGCACCAAGGCCCCGGCAACAGGGCUCUGUCGACACUGUUGGUUAUUGUCAUGAGUGCAGGGAGCUAAACCAACAAUAUGUUAACCUGAUAAUACACAGCUGCUCAAACUAGCUAGUGGCAGCUGGCACGUUUCACACUCUGUCCAGAUAACUAAAAAUACAAUUACCACAGAAAUAAUCUAUAAUAAUGCAAUUAACACCCACUCAUAGCAUUGUACUGUCAGCAUCAGGGUGAUAAAAGUACUAUUAUACCUUUAUAUUGUGGUUAAUGUUUAGUUUCCCUAAAGACGCAGAACCCUCAUGUCCUCUUGCUUCAUUAUCAUGGCCAUUAUUCAUGUUUGUCAACAGACCACUUAUAGCUGUCCAUGAGACUUAAAGGGUCAAUUCACUCAAAUGAUAAGACACACACCUUUAAUUGCUACUCUCCUUUGUUGCCACUUUGUGUAGAAUAAAUAGUUCAAAUGAAUUCACCUGGACUGAGUUUUAGUUGACAGGGAAAAUGCAAUUUCACACAGACCCAAUAAGAGGAAGCUAAUAACUAUGGUACAAUAAAAGCAGUUAUUAUAUUAUACAACGCACGAGUUCUUAACACCAAUAUAACGUAAAAUAUUAAAACACAAUGAGAUUAAAAUGAGUGCAGCUCUUUUUUCCCCAGCCCUUAACCCUUGCUCAGAUUUUUUUAAACUGGAAUAGAUUUUAUUUCAGUGAUUGAUCAAGAAAGCGACAUGUCCGAGAUCUACAGUGUUUUUCACAGUUAGCAUCGACCAGGCUUUCAGUUAUUCUGUGACAGUCCUGUCUUUACCUGCAGAAAGGUUUUGAGGUGAGAUUGUUUACACAUUUGAAAACUAUUUUAACAAAUGCAUAAAACUCUUAAAUUAAGUAUACUACACUUGAGUUGAUGUAGAAAGUCUGAGCCCAAGACUUAGAAGCAGGAACUGCUCCAGAGCUUGUGACAGGAUGGAAACAUUUUCAUGUUGUUGGAAAACAUUAUGUUCAAGUUGCUUCUUAUGUCAUGCAGCAGCGUGCAAAACAUACUCCAUGUACACAUUAACACCAGACUAUUGUUUCAGGGCAACAUGAAAAUACGAAGCCAUUAUUUAACACUUGUCUGUGAGUAUUUUUCAACAAUGGCAAUUCUGUGAUAUCUAGACAGCUCCAUCUUGUGAUAUGGUUUUUGGUACCAAAUUUGAGUGAAAUGACCCUUUAACUCUUAUCUGUCACAGCUAAAUCAGGCAGGUGUAGUGUAUGUUUGAGUAAGAACAUUAUUAAACCUCCAGUGGAUCGAUGUUGAUGCUGGUGUCAGUUUGUGUGGAUGUGUAUGUGGCUGUAUGUUUGUCACUCGCCGCUCGUGGUGUGUCUUUCCUUGAGCGUGUUACGACAUUUCUCCUCUGAAUCAAUCUAUUGUUUAUGUGCACACAACAGGCUUUCUGUGUCACUGCUUUAUUUUCUCAGCUGUUCUCUCCUUUUUUUGUGUGUUCACCUUUCUCUUCUCUUUCUCUCUCAUUGUGUGCUGUGUAUUUUUUUGUGUGAAACGCCCUCUCUGCACCUGUAUGAGACUCUAUGGUGGGAAUGAUCCCUCACUGUCUCUGUUACAGGAUAUUAACAGGGAGGAUACUGUCUGACAGCCCUCUUUGUGUGCUAGUGUGUGUGUGCUCGUGUGUAUGUGCUCAUGUGUGCGUGUCCUUAUUUGACUCGCCAGAGUUUACCAGAUAUUUCCAGGCCCUUCAUUUGAUCCGUCUUUUUCUGUCCAUGCUCUCUAUAUUUGCAUCUGUAAGUGAGUUUGUUUGCAAAUGUGCGUUUGUGUGUGAGUGAUGCAUUCAUGCGUCAGCUGUUAGAAAAUGUGUCUAUUGUCCCUUCCUCAUUAACUGAGUUGAAAGUGUGUUUGUGUGUGUGUGUGUGUGUGUGUUUGUGUGUGUGUUCUCUUACAGUUGGAGAUUUACCUUUUACCUUCUUGCUUUCAUUGCUGGCCUGGCCGCCCUCAUCGAUGUGAGUACUGCCACAUUAAUCUUCACUUCUCCUCCUUCUCCUUUUGUCUCCUCAUGUAAACAUUCUCAUCAGUGGACCUGGUGAACUCAUUGCCAUGCUGACUCAGGUGAUUUGAACUCACCUGUCUAACUCUGCGGCCCCAUUCACAUCCUCUCUCUCUCUGUCUCUCUCUCUCUCUCUCUCUCUGUCUCUCUCUCUCUCUCUCUCUCUCUCUCUGCAGAAACCCUGGCUGUACGACCUACAGGAGAUGUGGCAGGGCUUUCCUGUGCUGGUACGUCCCUGGGAUGUUUAGAAAAACAUCUAGAAAAAAAGUUCAUUUUCUGUCAUUUAUUUUGGUUCAGAUCAGGUUAAAAGAUUAGCUGUGUUACAACCCAUUGUUCCUGUAUACAACUAGUAAUCAGUUUUGAUAUAUUUAAAUUAGGGAUGCACUGAUCCGAUAUUUGGAUUGGAUAUCAGCUCCGAUAUUGACAAAUUAACUGGAUUGGAUGAAUGAUGCUGAUCCAGCGUUCCGAUCCAGUCUUUUUUUUUUAUUAUUAAUUUUUCUUUUAAUACAUGGAAGUCUUACUUCUUAUUGUUGUGUGCUAAUGUGCACUUUGUUAUUGUUAACAAAUAAUAUUAAGCAAAUUUAUAUCUGUGUUAAUGUCAAGCCUGAUGCCUUCACUCACAGGGCAAGGUAUACAGAUCAUUCAUUCAACAGUAGUAUUGGACCGGUAUCAGCCCAGGUAUAGGUAUCAGAUUGGAUCAGAAAAAAAAGGUGCAUCUCUAACUUAAAUAACUGUUGGCACAACUGUAAACUGUUAACUGAAAAGUUUUAUCUAUUUUUGAGGGAGUAAAAAGUAAGAUUUCACCUGAUCAUUGUUAUCAAAUACAACGAUUGGUUCACCGUCUAACGUCAAAACCAUUUAAAUAUAAAUUUCAGAUACUAAAAAAGCAUUUAAUACCUGUGAAUUUGGUGUCUGUAAAAAAAAGAACAUGAAAAGGAUGUUUUUCACCGAAAAGUUGCUCAGCUGAUGAAGAGAAAAACUGGUGUUGAUUUUUUUUUAUUUUUUUCUCUCUUUCAGACUCUCCUGCCAUCUCAGUAUUGGUACUACAUGAUUGAACUGGGUUUCUACAGCUCUCUGCUCUUUAGUGUGGCGUCUGAUGUGAAACGCAAAGUGAGUGAAAACUAUCAAAAAAAAAAAAAAACCUAAAAAAAAAUUUGUUUUUCAUUUUUAUAUAGUCAGGACAUUUUUGUCUACUUCAAACAAAAGAGAGAAAAUGUUCUGAGCCGUUCAGUUUGACAUCUGGCUCGGACUCCGGGUGGACAUUAGACUGUUGUUACACGUGUGAAUGUGUGUGUGUGUGUGUGUGUGUGCGUGUGUGUGUGUGUGUGUGUAUGUGUGGAAGUGUUUGGACUUUGCUCAACCUGGGUCAGCUGAGCACAGUGGGGAAAAUCCUGCCAAAGAGGCACAGUGUGUUUCUCCAACACAAAACUCCAACCAAGUUGCCUUUUAAGAAGGAUUUAACACGAAGCGCUCAGACUCACUCAAACAUGAAUAACGCACAUUCCCAGCGUCUCCCCCUUUUCAGCGAACACACGAUUAACGAGGCCGUGUCUUUCUGUUUUUAGGACUUCAAGGAGCAAAUUGUUCAUCAUGUAGCCACCAUCCUCCUCAUCAGCUUCUCCUGGUGUGUAAAUUACAUCCGUGCUGGGACUCUCAUCAUGCUGGUGCACGACUCCUCUGAUUACCUCCUUGAGGUAAAAGUCAUCCCUGUUCGUUAUAUACACACACACACAUAAAGAAACAGACUUAAUCUACAGUACACAUACCUGUACCCACAACCAGUGAUCAUACUGAAAUAUUGUACAUUUACAGAUAUGAAAGAGGGAAAUGAUCACCUAUCACUCAUUUACAAAUCAAAUGAUAUUCAGAUGUUUCAAACUGCAUCCUGACUCUGUUUUAAGUGACGUUCAGACUCAGUGAAAUAAGUGCUGUGGUGAAUUCUGAUGGAAACACACUGAUAAUACACUGCCACCUUGUGGGCAAAGCUAUGAUAGGUUAUUUGAAGAGGGAAAAGGCCAAACUAUUAAAUGAACAUGUAGCCGAUCAGUUUAGAAAAGACCGCACAGACCGCCUCGUGAUUUGGGCGUGCCCCAUGAAUACAGGGUGUCUUUCCUGCGUGUCGUUGCCUGUUCUCUCCUCUGUUUCCUGUGCUCCACACUCUUCUUCAUCUGUCAAUAAAGGCUGAAAAAAAGCCCAGAAAUAAAUGCUUUGAAAAACAAUACCAUUUUUGCAGUUGUUGCAAAAAAAAAGUCAAAUUUUAUGAAAGAGGAUUUGAAAAUGACCCAAUUUCUCAGAUGAUUUAUCAUCUCAGUGAACAACUUCUCAAUGCAUGUGUGGUCCCAAGAUUUCAAUCACCGACAACAUGUCAAUGAUGUAAAUUAUGGCUCUUUUAUGAGUGAAGUAGCUGUUAAAGGAGGGUUGAGUUCAGGGUGUGAAUACUUGUGGUUUACAAGUCAUUACCACAGCAACCUUUCUACCAGCAAAGAGAAUGCAGUGGCAUUGUGUGAGUUUGGCAAGGUGUCAUCAAUUCUUGUUCAAAGUCUAAGAGCUCCAUCAAACCUAUUUCAUGUUUCUGAGAAAUACAGUAUCUUUUUUAUCAACAACUUCUCUAUUUGAAAAUUUCUUUGUCUUCCUCAGUCUGCAAAGAUGUUCAACUAUGCUGGAUGGCGAAACGCCUGCAACUACAUCUUCAUCGUGUUUGCUGCAAUUUUCAUAAUCACUCGCCUGGUCAUCUUCCCCUUCAGGUAAACUGCAUGAAUGAAUGAAUGUUUUCAUGUUUCAUUAAAGCUGCUGCAGGUUAUUUAAGAGGGCGUCACAGAAAGUCAUUCUUGCAUAUUCUCCAUGAAACUCCUCUCUCUCUGAGUGUCACACACUGUCUGUCCCUGGACUGUUUUUCAUGUAGUAACUAUAAGCUUCUCCACUACCUAUAAUAACAUUCAACUGAGCAAAACUUCAAUAAUCGAUUAGUGCAAUACUGAUAAUUCAUCGUUAUCAAGCUACACUGUGCAGUACUCUAUGAUACAGUAUAGUACUCUGUGCAAUAUCCUACAGUCAAAUCCUACAAUAUCCUUCCUAUUUGAAUUUCCUUUUGGAUUAAUAAAGUAUCUAUCUGUCUGUCUGUCUGUUUUAUCUAUCUAUCCAUCUAUCUAUCUAUCUAUCUAUCUAUCUAUCUAUCUAUCUAUCUAUCUAUCUAUCUAUCUAUCUAUCUAUCUAUCUAUCUAUCUAUCUAUCUAUCUAUCUAUCAUGCAACGCUGCAAACUAGUUUUGCAUACAUGAGUUCCUGCUCUUUAAGCUUGCACGUAGUUUAUUUCUUACACACUCUUCACUUUAUAAAUAGCUUUAUUUCUAAUAUUCUGCACUCAUUACUAACUGUUGCAAUUUCUUAAUUAUUUAUAUUUUUCUACUACUUCUAUUCUCCUUCUAAUAAUGUUUGUUUUUUCAAGAGCCGAAUUUGCCCCCUGAAAUUAAUAAAAUAUUCUGAUUGUGAUCCUGAUAGGUCCUAAAUUUGAACUCUCUUGAUUUCAGGAUCAUUUACUGCACGUGGGUAUACCCAGUGACCAUCUACGAGCCCUUUUUCGGCUACUACUUUUUCAACGGCCUUUUGAUGACUCUGCAGUGUCUACAUAUCUUCUGGGCUGUCCUCAUCAUACGCAUAGCGGUCCGCUUCCUCACCAACAAUGUAAGAAAACAAAAAAAAUUAAAGUUCAAGUGCAAGAUUUUGUAAAAAAAUCUCAUAUAAGUGGUUGAAGUGCCGAUGUAUUAAUUAUUCAUGCCAUAAUAGAGGUCAAACAUAAGAAGUCACUCAAUAAUACAUAGCACAUGAAUUAAUAAUAUUAUGAAGCAUAUGCAUGUAUUGUCUGUGAUGUUUUCCUUAACAUAAGAAGUAGGAUUAUUAGCAUUAGUGUCAUUUUGGAGAUAUGUUUUUAUGCAUACAGUGAGACAGUUUUGGGUCAGACUGUUUCCUAAAUGCAACAAAUAUGCAAACUCAAUCCAGUGUACAAGCUCUCAGGUCAACAUGGGUUUUAGAGAUGCAUUAUCAACAGAUACAUCAUACAACACAGCAGCUGGCUGCUCGGCCUAAAACGUUUUUAAUACUGAUGCAAAAGCAGAUGCAGACUGUUUCACAUCAGUGGUAACAGACUUUGCUUUUAUAAUGCCUUAACAGAAUUUAUUACAAAUUGGUCCACGGUUGUGGCCUGACCUGAAAAAGGGCAAAAGAAAUCUGUUUGAACAGGGAGACUGGGAGCAUAUACAGAAGAGUAUAAAUCAUAAACUCGCAGAUUCAUCCGGCUUCAGGAUGUGACAGUUUCAGUUAGUGUAGACAGUAUCCAGAGCUCGCCAGCAUUGUAAGUAGGGGGUCUGCUUGAUUAAUGACAUGUUUAAAAGCCCUCUCUUUUUUUCUUCUUCUUAUUUCCAGGAAAAGGUGGACGAUGAAAGGAGUGACAAAGAUGAAACAGAUGAAUCAGGAGAGGAGGAAGAAGAGGAGGAAGGGGUUAAAAAGAACACAAAGAAAAAUGGGCCAGUGCUAAACGGUCACACAGUCCACAACAACAACCACAGCAAGACAGAGUGA